ACAGUCAGAUUUACCCUGCCAUCACAAAAUGCAUCUCAUUACACUAAUCCUUGGGACUGUGCUUCUCCAUCAAGCAUACAGCCUGGAAUGUCAUUGUUCACAAGGUAGCGGCUGCACAAAUUCAAAAAUAGAAUGCCCCUCCGGACAGAGCUGCAGUUCAGAAAGACACGUCUCCUAUUCAGAUGGCUCAAAGAUGUCCGAUGUCAACUUUAAAGGUUGUGCUUUGCCUGAACGGUGUGUUAAUCGCUCAAUGAACCUCGGGGUCGUCGAAACCUUAUUUUCCAGCUUGUGUUGCACCACCAAACUCUGCAACUCCGCAAAUGCCCCUGAACCUGUCCGAUCUCAACCAAAUGGUAAAUCGUGCUUAUCGUGUGUAGGACAAACGUGCACCUCGCCCCUAGCCUGCACAGGGAAUCAGGAAUUCUGUUACUCAGCGUCAGUGACUGUGGAUGGUCAACCUAUUCCGGUGAGGGGGUGUGUCCCUAAGGAGAUGUGCCAAGGGCAUAGCAGCUGCUGUGAGGGGGACCUUUGCAACAGCGCCAGCAGCACCAGCGCUGGCCUUCUGCUCCUCAUGGCACCGCUGCUGUCUCUGGGCCUGCUCUCAUAACACUUUGAGAUGACUCUUUAUCUUAUUAUCUUUGCAUGGCCUCAUAGUGCUCACCCCCCUGCCCUUAUCCUUUCAACCGAUGAGUGAGAAAGUUCAAUGCAAAGCAUACAUAUCGAAUUUAGUAACAAUGUGAUUUCCUAUUUAUCCCUUGCCUCAUAUAGUAUUAAACUGGCCUAUUUGCUUUUUGUAUCCCUAUUGACUACGGUGACACUUUUGUCGUGAACAGACAGCAACAGCUUUUUCCUUUGGUAAAACACGAGGAAUGUAAAAUAAACAUGUAAAUUAUAAAAUAAUUUAACCUAUUUAAUUGUCAAGUAUAUGUUGAUGUUACUGCGUAAUAGAAGUCUCA